GAUACACCUUGCCUGCAUCCAGUUUCAAUUUCAAUUUUUCGCUGUUUACAAUCCAUAUCAUUUCAUAUCAGUGUGAAUAAAUUUCUUGAAAGACUCUUCUAAUCAGCGUGGAUAACGCAACCGUAGUGACCAACCUUAUCACAACUUCAGUCGUGCCAAGACUUUUAAAGUGCGAAGACGAAUUGUGUACGGACAGAAUUAUUACAAUUGAAGUGAUCGUGCUGAAUAUAAGUGAAAAACAUUGUCACCGAUGACUAGUGCGUGCGUUCGCAAUAUGACUCUAGGACAAAAUUUACACAUAAUGUCGCAAAACUGUGUUCUAAUCGCAUCCCAAAACUAUCUUCCCAUCGCGCAGCAAACGCAGCUGGCCCACCAGCAUUCGGGCCAAACGCAAGUUUCAGUGAAACAGGCGAAUAUUGCACCAGCUCCUCCAAAUCACAACAACCGCACGGUCUUGGGGAUGAAUGGGAUCAAUGUGGGUGCCGUCGAUGCCGCCCCCAAGUACAAGCGAAAAUACAACUAUACAAACAUGCCAUAUGGACAGCCUCCACCAUCCGUUGCCCGGCGCAAUGCUCGUGAGAGAAAUCGUGUAAAGCAAGUAAAUAACGGCUUUACCACAUUACGCCAACAUAUUCCUGAUAAAAUUAUCAAUGCAUUAACGAAUGGAGGCCGAGGAGCUAGCAAGAAAUUGAGUAAAGUCGAUACACUGCGUUUGGCCGUUGAGUACAUUCGGAGGCUGCAAGAUAUUUUGGAUGAAACCGACCAGGAUUCAACAAGUACACUUCGUAGUCAAACAUCAUCUCCCCCGCUUUCUGGGUCACCGUGCUCAUACUACACCACAAGCCCUGACCAUUUCUCCGUGCAAACUCCUUGCUCAGAAACAUCAUCGUCACCCACCCCGUCAUAUAGUUCAGAUAUCUCAAUUGGAAAUUCGGGUUUCAUCCAAUCUGAACCUCAGUUCAAAUUCGAACAUUACGAUUCCUAUAGUACGAUCAAACCAGAGGACGAAGAACUUCUCGACUACAUAUCGUCGUGGCAGGAACAGUGAUGAAAAAAAAAUGAAAUCCAGAGAAGCGACGGAGGACGCGAACUGAUUAUUACACUUUCAAAGGAGAUCUCAGAGUUCCUAACCAGAACCACUUUCUGCACAUAGUGAUAAGAAGUAACCAUAAAAGCUACUGGAAACACCAUCAAGUAUAAAAGAAAUGAAUCCGAGAUUUCAGAAUCCAAAAAGGAAAAAAAAAUUGUAUCUGAAUAUUUACUUUCACUGAAAAACUCAGAUUUUACCAGAUUUAAUUCAUGUUUCCCUCGGCCGCCUUAAUUGCAACUUUAAUAAUUAUUCUGAAAUCUCGAUUCGCACAAAAACUCUCUAGUCAUUCCAAAUAUAGGAAAAGCGUAAAUAUUUAGGAAAAAUGCCUCACUUGCGUUGGCCUUGUACAUAUUAGAGUAAGAAUUCGAAAAGUUUAGUUUUAGCGAAAGAAAGCAAAGAUUGCUGAACUUCGGAAGCUAAUUCGCUGCUCAAAAUGGGAAAACACGAAAACUUACCCGUGCCUUACAAUAAUUGUAAAUAAAAUUGUGAAUAAUGUUUUGUAAAUAUUCUACCACGCCUUUUACCACUUAAGACAUUGUUAUGGAAGACAAUUAUUUUUUAGAAGAUACAUUGAGUUACAUAGUUUCUUGUUCUCUUGGUUAAACAUGUAUGUAAGCGUUCUACGUUAAGACCCACAACUUAUAAGACUUAGAAUGGAAGACAAAAAACUUUAGAAAUUUAAGUGUUUAUUAGGAAAACCGAUGCCAGUUCAACUUUAUGUAUUUAAAAAAUAUAUUUCCUGUAAUAUUUUAUAUUAAAAUACAAAU